AUGAAUCAUAAGUGCCAAAAGAAACAGCUGAACCAAAAUAGUAAGAGUAACUCUGAGAAUGUACGCAAUGAGGUUGUGAGUGAGGAGUUAUUCUCUAGAAGUAAGGUUCAAAGUAAGUUGGAGCACUCUGAGCCUGCUAACAUUACACUGGAAGAGAUGAGGCCUACUGCAAACCAACUGCCAUUUAAUUUGAAUGGCAAUGCCUUUGAAACCGAAACACUCGGUCCUGGAAGCACCAUAACACAUCAAAGCCCGGAAAGGUACCAAAUUCGAGCUGGGGACACUGGAUAUAAAUUUUCAAGGAAAAAUUUUAAGGUGACAAGUGGAAGUAAGUCUUCGUCUCAUAUAGUUGACGAUAAUGAUUUGGAGCUUGAAAGAGCUGCCUUCAAGUCUUUUGAGGUUUUCACUGAUGUCAAGGGCAGGCCACGAGUAUUGCGGAUGGAAAUGGAGGAGAGAAUCCAGAAGCUAGCGAAGUGGUUGAAUGCUACAGACAUGAAUUUACCUGAAUGGUUGUUCUCUAAGAUGAUGCGCAGUGCAAAAAUCAGGUUCUCAGAUCAUUCCAUUUUGAGGGUUAUCCAGAUAUUGGGCUCAUUAGGGAAUUGGAGACGGGUGCUGCAAGUCAUUGAGUGGCUCCAAUCACGUGAGCGUUUCAAGUCUCACAAGAUGAGAUUUAUUUACACCACAGCACUUGAUGUACUUGGCAAAGCAAAGAGACCAGUGGAGGCACUCAAUGUUUUUCAUGCAAUGCGGAACCAAUUCUCCUCAUAUCCUGACCUUGCAGCUUAUCAUUGUAUUGCCAUCACCCUUGGACAAGCAGGUCACAUGAAGGAACUCUUCGAUGUGAUUGAUUGCAUGCGGUCACAUCCUGAAAAGAAUUUCAAAACAGGGGUGCUUCAAAAGUGGGACCCACGUUUGGAACCUGAUGACGUUGUCUACAAUGCUGUAUUAAAUGGAUGUGUUCGGCAGAAACAAUGGGAGGGAGCAUUUUGGGUGUUACAACAGUUGAAACAAGAGGGCCUGAAGCCUUCUAGCACAACAUAUGGCCUUGUCAUGGAGGUAAUGCUUGCAUGUGGCAAGUACAACUUGGUUCAUGAAUUUUUCAGGAAAGUGGAGAAGUCCUGUAUUCCAAAGGCUUUGAAUUACAAAGUUCUUGUAAAUACUCUUUGGAGGGAAGGUAAAAUGGAUGAGGCUGUGUUGGUAGUCCAAGACAUGGAAAGGCGAGGGGUAGUGGGUUCUGCUAGUCUUUACUAUGACCUUGCUCGUUGUCUCUGCAGUGCAGGAAGAUGCCAAGAAGCACUCAUGCAGAUUGACAAAAUAUGUAAGGUGGCAAACAAGCCUCUUGUUGUCACUUACACUGGACUCAUUCAAGCUUGUCUAGAUUCUGGAAGUGUUCAAAAUGGAGCGUACAUUUUCAACGAAAUGCAAAAAUUCUGCUCCCCUAAUCUGGUGACUUGUAAUAUUAUGCUGAAAGCUUACCAGGAAAGUGGAAUGUUUGAAGAAGCCAAAGAUCUUUUCCAGAAGAUGUCCGAAAAUGUCAUUCACAUUAAAACAGACGGUGAUUAUAGGGGUAGGGUAAUUCCUGAUAACCACACAUUCAACACCAUGCUGGAUGCCUGCGUUGUGAAGAAGAAAUGGGAUGAUUUGGAGUAUGUCUAUCAGCAAAUGCUGCAUCAUGGGUACCACUUCAAUGCAAAGCGUCACCUUGGGAUAAUCAUGGAGGCUUCUGGGGCUGGAAAGGGAGAAUUUGUGGAGAUGACCUGGAAGCACUUGGUUCAGGGAGAUCAGGUUCCACCUCCAGCUGUCAUUAAGGAGAGGUUUUGUAUGAAAUUGGAGGAAGGUAACUAUGCUGCAGCCAUCACCUGCAUUAUCAGUCAUCAGACAAGUGAGGUGCAUGCCUUCUCCAAGAAGACAUGGCUGAAUUUAUUCAGGGCCAAUGCCCAUCGCUUUCAGGAGGAUACUGUUAUUACAUUGAUGCAUGAGCUAAGCAUUCUCAUUGCUGGCAGUGAGCAUCCCCACCCUACAUUACAGAGUCUAAUAAUAUCUUGUCGAGAGUUUGUCAAGGACCAUGUAACAGAUGACAUCAACACAAAACAAAAUGUUAAAACACUUUUACCUGUAUAAACGAAAUAGUUUUCGUGAAGUACUCUAUUCUAUCCCUUGUUGAAUGAAUAGUAAUAUUCGAGUUUCAUGAUUUCAG